AUGCAGCAGAGCUGGAUGGAAAAGGUGCUGUGGACAGCUGCCUUUGACGACUCCAGCCUCCGUAUAGCAAACUCAUCUUUGAAGCACCUCCGCUUUGCUGGAGAGGGCUUUCCCUUGGACUCCAAGGCCUGGAAAACCAUCAUCCCUGUGGUCUUGGUGGCUGUCUGCCUGGUGGACUUCACAGGGAACCUAUGUGUGAUUGGCAUCCUCCUUCACAGUGCUUGGAAAGGAAAGCCAUCUCUGAUCCACCUGAUUCUGAAUCUCAGCCUGGCUGAUCUCUCCCUCCUGCUGUCUUCUGCACUUGUUCACAUGAUGGCAUACUCCAGAGGUAUUUGGGAUCUUGGCUGGUUUGUCUACAAGUCUUCUGACGAGUUCAUGCACAUGUGCAUGGCAGUGAAGAGACUAAAAACUGUUGCCAUUGCCAAAGUGUGCUUCAUGAAUGUAAGUGCAGCCAAACAAGUAAAUAUCCACAACUGCUCCAUCUGAUCAGUGCUGGGGGCCGUCCGGGCCAUGGCCAGCCUGCUACUUCUGCCAGCAGGGUUCUUUAGCUCCACCAGGUACCACACAGGUGUAGAAAUGGGCCUUGUGCCAUCUGUAUCUGAAGAGUUUAUUUCAAUGUUUGGCAACCUCUGUUCUCUCCUAGAAUUUUACCUCCUGUUACUUCUAGCCAACUUUUAUUUCUGGAGAGUUUAUGGCUAAUGUAAAAAAUGUAAAACUAAAACUCAAAACCUUAGGAACAAGAUGUAUCCAAAGCAACUCACAGUGCUGCUGGCUGAGCAUUGAAAUCAUCUCUGCUCUUCUGUAGCUCCUGAAAUGGAUAGCCCACUGUGGGUGUGGCAUCAGGAGGCUAAAGCCCCAACAAUAUCACAAGUUUGCAUAAACCUGGCUCAAGUACUGAUGUUUUCCAUCUCUUCAGGAAACAUCAUUUUUCUGCUGAUAUACGGAGAGUUCAAGGAAGACUUGGGAGCUCAGGCAAAGGGAAACAUGAGAUGGCUGGCUGACAUUCCUACCCUCCCUGAUGUAGAGCAGUUUGGGCAUGAGAAGGACAUCAUCCUUUCUAUGCAAGAAAAAGACCUUUCCCCCUGGAAACAUGAAAAAUGUGGCAGAGUUAAAUCGCCACAGAGCACCCUAGCUGUCUCCCAAGAUGUGAGUCCCAGCACCGCGCUGCACCAGUCAGACCCGGAGCAGGCGGACACCGGCCCAGCCAGGAAGAAUUUGUUCCGCGGACACUGA